UGGUCCUGAUCCAGAAUGGCUACCCUGAUCUUUGUUGAUAAGGAAAAUGGAGAACCGGGCACCCGUGGCUCCCAGGACGGGCAGAAGCUGCGGUCUAAGCCUCCAGUCAAAACUUUAGGUGGGAGAUCUCAGGUUUCAACACCACGCAUAGGCAAAAUGUUGGAUGCUCAAGCAACCUUGCCUAAAGUUAUCAGAAAGGCUUUGGGAACUGUCAACAGAGCCACCGAAAAUUCAGUAAAGAACAAUGGACCUCUCAAACAGAAGCAGCCAAACUUCUCUGCCAAAAAGGUAACUGAGAAGACUGUCAAAGCAAAAAGCACUGUUCCAGCCUCGGAUGACACCUAUCCUGAAAUAGAAAAAUUCUUUCCCUUCAAUCCUUUAGAUUUUGAGAGUUUUGACCUGCCUGAAGAGCACCAGAUUGCACACCUCCCCUUGAAUGGAGUGCCUCUCAUGAUCCUUGAUGAGGAGAGGGAACUUGAAAAGCUGUUACACCUGGGCCCCCCUUCACCUCUGAAGAUGCCCUCUAAACCAUGGGAGUCUAAUCUGUUGCAGUCUCCAAGUGUUCUGUCGACCCUGGAUGUUGAAUUGCCACCUGUUUGCUAUGACUUAGAUAUUUAAAUUUCUUAGCACUUAAUAGUUUGUAUGUUUUGUAUUAAUAAAGAAAUUCUUUAAUAGA